AUGGAUGAUGUGGACGAUAUUUUAAAUAGCAACCAAGUUGCCGAAGAAGAAGAAGAAGAAGAGGAAGAGCUCGAUGAGGAUAUCGUUGACGCAGCAGGGAGUGAAAACCGUCAAGAACAAGACCAAGAACAAGACCAAGACGGUGAUCAUGGCCAAGAUGAGGAUGAAGACAUGGAUGCGAAUGGAGAAGACAAUGAAGAUGAUGAAAACGACAAUGAAGACGAUGAAGACGAAGAUGAUCAAGAUGAAGAUGAAGAGGAUGACAUAAAAGACGACGGUGGAGACAGUAAUGAUGAAGAUAUGGACACUGAUAACGUAAAAGGUACAGAAGGUGAAUUAGACGCUCAAUUGAAUGAGCAGAAGAAGCCUUCAUCGGCUUUUGACAAAGUUCACGAAUACUACACCCAAUUAUAUCACUCAGCAAAACUAGCAGAGUCGUAUACUAUCUAUCCUACAGCCGCUAUACCUAUACAGACACAUGUUCAUGCCUUAGCAAUGUCUAAGGGGCUGAAGUACCUAUUUUUGGGUGGCGAAGAUGGAUACAUCAGGAAAUACGAUUUCUUGAAUACCAUAGAGGGUAAGUUAUCGCUGACCAUUCUACAAAAGCAUUCAUUGGUCGAAUCUAUCUCCAACGCAGGUAUACUACUUUCCUACUGGGAAAACGAGGUACCACAGAGGCGAAAAGAUGUUAAAGUCAUGAAAAAUGGCAAGGAAUAUGAUCCUAUCGUAUCACCUGUUCACGCCUUGGAGGUACAGAGCGAGUGUCUCUUUGUGCUUAGCGGUUUACAAAACGGAGGUAUCACCAUGCAGGGUUGUCGCUUCCUAGAGGGCCAGAUAGCUCAUUGCUUUUCAAAACAUAAAGGGAGCGUUAAUCAAUUAAAGCUGAACAAUGAUGAAACAAGAUUCAUUAGUAGUGGAUGGGACAGACAGAUUUUAGAAUGGGAUCUGAAUUCCGGAAAGUGCGCUAACGAGUUUUUAGGAGCUAGUGCACAGGUGUCGUCUCUUGAAUUCAGGCCCCUCUCGUCUUCAGUAGAUUUAAACGAGAUUGCAGGGAAAGAAGAUGAGGAUCAGGUUUCAAAAGAAGAAGACGACGAAGACGUGGAUUCUUUAUUCGGAGAUGAAGCCGAAGUGGAGCUCAGAAAGACUACUGACGAAACUAGCAACGCUCAACAAGGAAAUCAAAACCCCGCAGGAUCACCUUCAAAGAGUAAUAAUCUCAUUAACGAGAUCUCAAAAGAAACACUCAGAAUUGUCUACGAUGAAUCGACGUUUUUGACAUCCUGCACCAAUGGUUCCAUUCAGAUAUGGGAUCGACGUGAUAGCACGAAACCCUCUUUAAAACUACACAGAGGGGCGCAAGUACCGCCCUGGUGCAUGUCAGCAUGCUGGUCAAUGGAUGGGGAUCGGAUUUAUGUUGGACGAAGAAACGCUGUAGUCGAGGAGUUUGAUCUGAAGAUGGGGUCAAAUCCCUCUAAAACUCUAAAAUUUCCCAGCAUAUCGGGGCCAGUGUCUUGUGUACGCACUAUGCCAAACAACAAACAUGUUUUAUGUGCUUCCAACGACAACAUUAGACUUUAUGAUGUGACGCAAUACGGAAAAUCAUCUAAAAUUCCAUUUUUAAUAGUCCCUGGCCAUCAUGGAGGGACAAUAUCAAACCUAUACGUAGAUCCAACGUGCAGGUUCCUAAUCAGUACAAGCGGCAAUAGGGGAUGGCAGGGAAAUUCAACCGACACGACGUUAAUUUAUGACAUCGAUGUCGAAUAA